UUUGGGCGACUAUCAACACUACAUGUGAUCAAUUUACCAGCACUGCGAUAGACCGAAUUAAGUUGUAAAUAAAUAUAAAAAUCAAGCAAUGCGGGCGGUUAUACAAAGGGUUAAGGCGGCCAAAGUGACGGUGCUGGAUGAGCUGGUGUCCUCCAUUGGACCAGGUCUGUGCGUGCUGGUGGGGAUCAAGGCCACCGAUACCGCCAGGGAUGUUGAGUAUCUUGUCCGGAAAAUCUUGGCGCUCCGUUUGUUCGAGGAGGAGGGCAAGCGUUGGCAGAAGUCCGUCAAGGAUCUGAACCUAGAACUGCUGUGCGUCUCGCAGUUUACAUUGUAUCACCGUCUUAAGGGCAACAAACCUGACUUCUCGGCUGCCAUGAAGGGCGACGAGGCGCAGAAGCUGUACAAUCACUUCUUGGAUCAACUGGGUCAAUCCUACAAUAGCAGCAAGAUUAAAGAUGGCAAGUUCGGAGCAUACAUGCAGGUGUAUAUAGAAAACGACGGACCCGUUACCAUUAAUUUGGAGUCUCCCGAGCAAAAGGAUACUGACAGGGAAGUGGACAAGUGAUUCGCAAAUAUAGAACGGCUAUAGACAACA